UCGCACUGUGGUCUGCGCGACGAGGCUCUUCGCACGUGGUCAGCAGGUGGUUGAGAAGGUCGUGCUUAUGUGCCCACAGUUCGACGCGAGGUCGGGUCGAUAUACUUACGGCCUGCAGUCCAUGAUGGGCGAGUACGCCCUCAGUGUCGUCGAAGUACUCAAGGAGUCCCACGAUUUCACGGCGGCAAACACAGCGCUGAGGAGCCACACGAUGCUGCAAGUGGUCUCCGACAUGGGCACCGGGAAGACGUUGUUGUGCAUCGCCUACAUCUUCGAGGUGACCCAUGUGCCCAACGCCUGUUCUCAUCAAAUCUACCGCCUCGUCAACUGUUGA